AUGUCGAAACAAGAGCAACAAGAUGUCAUACUCAAUAGUGAUACCAAUAAUGGUAAUAUUACUAAUGACACCACCACUACCGACACUAAUCAUGCUGACAAAAAUUUUUACAACCGAGUAAUAAAUUCCCGUUAUUUUACACCCAAAUUUCUGAUUAGUAUAGCGUUAGGACAAUUUUUGUCAUUUUGUAUUACGGCGACCAUGGUUACCAGUAAUGAAUUAUUUGUGAACUAUAAUAUCAGCGUUCCUACAUUUCAAACGUUUCUUACCUAUGUAGCAUUAAAUUUGAUUUAUACGCCACUAACCAUCUACAAAAAGGGAUUUAGGUAUUGGUUGGAUAUUUUUAACCUGAAGGAUUAUCGAUUUUUAAAAUUUGAAGGCAAUUAUUUUGUGGUAAAGGCAUAUGCUUUCACCUCAGUUCUUUCCGUAAUGUUGCUUGGUACGUGGGCAAUCCCAGUUUGUAUGUUAUCAUCAAUCGUAUUCCUAAAGGUUGGAUAUCAUUGGAGUCAAUACUUUGGAGUGUUGAUAUGUCUUGUUGGUAUUGGAGUAUUGCUUGCAGGAGAUCUUGACUCAGGACAAGAUUUUAGUGGUGCAGUGAAUAUGGGACUUGGUGAUGCAUUUUGUAUCAUAGGUGCAACACUUUAUGGUGCGAGUAAUGUAAUAGAAGAAUUACUUGUGAGACAAAGAUCGGUGUAUGAGGUGGUUGGACAAUUGGGAUUUUGGGGAAUGAUUAUCAGUGGUAUUCAAUUUUUAAUUUUAGAGCGCCAAGAACUUUCUGCUGUAGAAUGGAAUGGAAGUAGUGUUGGGAUGCUACUUGCAUAUACUAUUUCAAUGGUGUUUUUUUAUACUGGAGCACCAAUACUUUUCAAAUUAUCAUCAGCUACAUUCUUUAAUCUUUCUUUACAAACAAUUCAUUUCUAUUCAUUAAUAUUUAGUUUAUUAUUAUUCGGUGCCCAGAUGCAUCAUCUUUAUCCUGUGUCAUUUGUUAGCACCAUCAUAGGACUGUGUUUAUUCCAUUACAAUCCAGAAUCAAGGCCUAGUUACAGUCAUCCUGCUUUUCCUUCUAUUGGUAGGGAUUGCAGUGAUGUCAAAGAAAAAAUUGUAUCGGAUAUUUUGGAUUUAUAUUCUUGCAAACCAUCUGAAGAAAAAUUCAAUCACUACUCUAAUGAUGUCAUAUUUGAAGAUCCACUCAUGUACUGUACAGGAAUCAAAAAUAUCAAAGCUCAAUUUUAUGGAAUGCCAAAACUAUUUACAAAUUCUGUAACAGAAACUCUUGAAGUCCAACAGAAUGAUUCGAAUAUACUAAAGUUUAGUUUUAAUCAAUGUUACACUUUGCCAUUACUCAAAAAAAACAAAGUACAAAAUAGUGUUGUUAUACUGGAAUUUAAUAAUGAUAAUGAUGGUCAAGGGAAGAAAAUUAAGAAACAUUCAGAUUUGUGGGAUGGGAAACCUUUGCCUGUUAAUGGUGGUGUCAUACGUAAAACUCUUGCUAAAUUAGUAUCAACUUGUAUUAAAAUUCCUGAAAAAGUUAAUCGUAAAAGCUAG